AUGAUCACCGAUACGACGUUAGAAGGUCUCUCCAUGGCUGAAAUGACUGGAAUCGAAUCGACUGAAUUACCUCAAGAAACGCCUCCGAAAUUGCUUGAAAUGUCGUUUGAAUCACCAUCGAGAGUGACAAUGGAAAUGAAAGAACCUCAAGGGUUUAAACAAGAAGAAGAAGAAGAAGUAGGAGAAGAUGAAGGAGGAGUAGAAGAAGAUGUAGUAGUCGUAUCAAGUAAACAAGGAUCAGGUGAUGCAGUUGUUCAAGAGACUAAACGGAAAAAUCUGACUGAUCAGGAGCGAGUGGCAAUUGUCCACUAUCUGCUUGCAAAUAGUGCAGCCGGACGUUUGAAACACGGAGAUAUGAAGACUGCUGCAACGCACUUUGGCGUUCAUCGAGCAACGAUCCGACGGCUAUGGAAGAUGCAUACGGCGUCUAGUGUAACCGAUGGACUAGCUGGGAAUGUUGCUAGUCGGAUUAAGGGACAUUCAGGAAGAAAACCAAAAGUACCGGACGAAGAGCUUAAAGUUCGCAUUGCUGCAAUUCCAGUGGAACGUCGAAUGACAGGAAGGGGAUUAUCAACAGCUCUACAAGUGAGCAAUAGUGUUGUUGUGCGUUUGAUUAAGAGUGGAAAAUUACGGCGGCAUCCGAAGAAACUGCACUACGUUAUGUGA